AAGAUACUGGGAAAAGACAUUUUAAACACCAAUAUUUGAUAAAAUUCACAAUGCAAAUUGGGUUUCUUGGCGCUGGUAAAAUGGCUCAAGCUAUGGCACGAGGUCUGCUCGCAUCAGGUACUUUUACAAGAGACAGAAUUAUUGCAAGUGCUGUCGAUGAUUUGUCAGCCAAUGAAAUGAGAAGCCUUGGUGUUGAAGUCACCAAUAACAAUUAUGAGGUUGUGGAACAGAGAGAGAUUGUAGUAGUAGCUGUGAAACCCAAUGUUGUGCAAACAGUUCUCCAACAAGUUUCCCCAAUUGUCACUCCAGAAAACCUAAUUGUAUCUGUAGCUGCUGGAGUUCCACUUGGAAUAAUGGAGAAGGUUAGCUUGAUUUCUUUUUGA